AUGGUGUUCCUGGUGUGGUUAUGUGUGGGUUUUUCUUAUCGUUUUAUCUUCUCACCAAGAGUCUUUGUCUCACUCUCGAUGAUAUUUCCUACGAUGAGUAGGCACUUGGCCCUCCUAUCAUUCUCUUUGUCUCUAUCUGUCCUCUUUACUCUGCCGCCGUCUACUCGGUGUGACGAGCCAAUAUAUCAAGUCACAGCAAACAGCAAGAUCAAAACUCGGCAUACAGGCUCUCAACUCCGUGCAGCUUUCAGCUCUACUCGUUCAGGGACGGGUUUGAAGUUGCCAAGUGGGGAUAAAUACACCACGUUAAUAUUACUAAUACUGCUUUAA